AUGGGCGUCCUCGAAGAAGCGAAAGAACGAUUAGUAGGUAUUCAAUGUAAGGUACAAAGAGUAUAUGAAGCUGGAAAGGCAGUUGAAAAGGUACCUAGCAACAGGAUGGCGCACACUAAAUUCAAAAUCAUGUACGCAACGUUAGACAAUUUAUGUGCUGAUUUUGAAGCACAAUUAACGAUUAUCAUCCGACAUCAGUGUAAAGGAGGUGCAGUAGGAGACUUAGUUGACACUGAAAAAUUACGAGCUGAGUUUGAGGAGCUGUACAUAGGAAGUAAAAUAUUCGCGGAUGAAUAUCUGCCCGAAGCAACCGCCGAAGCUUCAUUGAACAAAACGUUUAUAGACCCGAAACCUACCGCUACCCCAAGUACAUAUUUUCCUAUAGAAAAACUAUCUAUUCCUAUAUUUAACGGAAAUGCAAUUGAAUACACAAGUUUUCGGAACAUGUUCGAUAUAAUGGUAGAUAACACCAAUAUGCCACCAGUCUUAAAGUUUGGAUACUUGAAAUCACGUUUAGAAGGAGAGCCGUUGAAACUUAUAGGCAACCUUAUGUUAACGGACAGUAAUUAUACACUAGCCCUGUCACAAUUAACAGCCCGAUAUUCAAACCGUCGAGUGAUCGCAGAACAUCAUCUGGAACAAAUAUUUAACGCACCAAAAGCGUUCUUUGGUGACGGGAAUUCCAUAAGAAAGCUAUUGAACAAUAUUAUUGAAACUACUGGAGCCCUACAAAACUUAUCAUUUGCGGUUGAUCAAUGGGAUCCGAUUCUUUUGCACCUUUUACAGAAAAAAUUGGAUUCACAUCUUCGAUCCCAGUGGGAACUGUUGGUGGAUACUACGGAAGAUCCGACUGUCGUAGAGUUUACCACUUUUCUAACAAAAUAUUGUAAGUCAGCUACCGUCACUGAAAGUCACCAUCUACCAAAACCCUUCAAGCAGAAUAAAACAACAACCUUGCUCACGAACCAACCGGGUCAACAACACACGGCACAACAAACAUCGAAGAAUGAAAGCUGGGGAGAAAAGCAAUCGUUUACCUGUCAAGUGUGCAAAGUUCAACCGGGACACUUACUCAUAAACUGUCCUUUGUUUAAGGAGAAAACACCGACCGAACGUCAUAAAAUCAUCAAAGAGUUGAACAGGUGUUUCCGAUGCUUCAGUGCACAUAGAGUGGUAGACUGCAAAAACCCGAAAACUUGUAAUGAUUGUGGUGGGAAGCACCACACUAUGUUACAUCUUUCAAACACCGAAAAAACCAUUGCUGCCGAGCCCGUGACGUUCGCAGCUACCGCAACAAACAGUGUUCGUACAUCAGUCCUUUUGGCAACGGCUACCGUGGUUGUGCAAACGAGACAUGGAUACUCCGUUAACGUAAGAGCUUUAUUAGAUAGCGCUAGCCAAAGCAGUUUCGUGACAGAACGCUGUGUACAUUUGUUGGGUCUUCAGCGGGAAAGUCGAGAUAUUGUGGUACAAGCUCUGGCCGGUACCCAGGUUCCAGUCGUUAAAGGAAGUACCACCAUUAACGUACGGCCCGUAGGUCUCGAAAAUCCCCAAUUUAAUAUUAACGCUUUAAUAUUACCCCGCAUAACUGGUCCUAUUCCAUCAGAACGCGUUUUCACGGAACAUUGGUCACAUACAGUUGGGUUAAAUUUAGCAGACCCUGAUUACGACAAACCACUACCUGUCGACAUUCUAUUAGGUGCAGAUGUUUUCCCACAACUAAUCUUAGGAGAUAAAAGAGUUGGUAACACCGGUCAACCAAUCGCUUUAUCCACAGUGUUUGGAUGGGUAUUAAUGGGAAGAACCUCAUGCGCUACGAAAAAGAAGAUUGUCACAAUGUGUUCAACACUAGAAUCCGUUAACCAAACCUUAAAACGCUUUUUUGAAGUGGAAGAAGUUCCAAAUGUCGAAAAAGGUUGCCCGGCGGAUUUAGAGUGUGAACGAAUCUACCAGUCAACCACAACGCGUCAACCAGACGGUAGAUACGUAGUCCAUUUACCCUUCCUGAAAAACCCUCCACAACUUGGACAGUCAAAAGAUCAAGCCUUGAACCGUUUAUAUCAUUUAGAAAACCGAUUUGCAAAAAAUCCUGUUUUGCGUGAAGAGUAUAACAAAGAAAUGAAGGAUUACCUAGAUACCACCCAUAUGACAAAAUUAAAUCAAACCCUUACAAAUGAACAGAACACUUAUUACAUUCCACAUCAUGCAGUUAUACGGCCUGAUAGUACAACCACAAAAAUGCGAAUUGUUUUCGAUGCCUCGGCAAACACAUCAUCUGGGAUGUCAUUGAACGACAACCUCUAUUGCGGAAAGAAGCUCCAACAAGACCUACCCGGGAUAAUUUUGCGGUUUCGCCUACAUCCCAUUGUGUUUACGGCAGAUAUAAAAAAGAUGUUUCGUCAAAUAGUUGUAACCGAAACCCAUCGUCCCUAUCAGCGAUUGUUAUAUAGAUUCAACCCAGAGGAGCCUGUGCAGGAAUAUGAAAUGAAUAGAGUUACUUUUGGUCAAAAAUGUUCUCCAUUUAUUGCGAUUCGUACACUACAUAAAUUGGUCGACGAUGAAGCGUCUAACGAUGAAGCAUUAAAAUCUAUCGUUCAUCAGGAUCUCUAUGUCGAUGACAUAGUAACAGGUACAAGUACUCUAAACGAAGCGCUCGAAUUGACACAAAACCUAAUCACAUUAUUCGAAAAGGGUAAGUUCGAACUGCGAAAAUGGUCAAGCAACUCUGAGCAACUGUUAACCCAUAUUCCGUUAGAACACCAACAAGUACUUCCAAUUACUUUCGAAGAACCUGAUUCCGGCUGCACGAAAGUUCUCGGUUUAAGGUGGGACCCGAAAGUGGACUCACUCAGCUACCAAUAUCAACCCUGUCCAGUAAAAUUCAGCAAACGAGCAAUACUAUCCGAAAUCGCGCGUAUAUAUGAUCCUCUCGGCCUUCUCACUCCUGUUACAACGGAUUUAAAAAGAUUAAUGAAAUACCUCUGGUUGGUUGGAGUAAAUUGGGAUGAAACAAUACCGGAAGAAGCAAUGACCUCUUGGACCCAAUACCACCGAGAGUUACCCAUUCUAGCUACCCUGCAAAUUCCUCGCAUGGUUACCCAUCCAAAUGCUACAUACGAGUUACACGGUUUUAGUGAUGCCUCUGAAGUAGCGUAUGCGGCGGCCGUAUACCUAAGAAUCGAUACUGGCACAGAAGUAAAGUGUCAUCUCUUGAUGGGAAAAUCUAAGAUAGCACCGGCUAAGAAGAUAUCUGUUCCGAGACUAGAGUUAUGUGGUGCUUGGUUAUUAGCUCGCCUUCUUGCGUUUGCGCAAGAUAACUUGUCCGCAAUCAAUAUAGAAAAGGUUACCGCGUGGUCGGACUCCACGGUAACGCUACAUUGGAUAAGAAGUUCAACCUCACGACUCAAAACAUUCGUAGCAAAUCGAGUAUCCAAAAUUCAAGACCAGACUCUUGUGGAAAGUUGGCGUCACGUACCAACCAAUGACAACCCAACGGACUGUGCAUCCCGUGGGCUCAGACCUGACCUUUUAGCCGGCCACGACAUAUGGUGGCAUGGUCCUCCAUGCUAUUCAUACAUACAUGAUAUUCAAUCUCUUUCACCCUCAAAUGGGUCUCUCUGGAGAAAAACCAAAGCUCUUUUAAAGCAUAAAUCUACCAUUCCCCCUCUUCGCUAUCAGAACAACAAUCUUAAUAACUCUAGAAACAAAAAAAUACUGCUCAGGACUUUUUCUCGACCCGGUGUCCCUCAGGGAAGCGACAUCGCUCCUUUCAUAUACACAUUGUUCACAGCUGACAUUCCUACAACGGAUAACACCCUAAUAGGGACAUAUGCCGACGACACCGCAAUCCUUUCAUCUAUUCAAGACCCUUUCGAAGCUAGCAGCCUACUUCAAAAUCAUCUGAACAGCUUAUCUCACUGGUUCAAAUCUUGGAAAAUCAAGAUCAACGACUCCAAGUCUUCUCAUGUCACUUUCUCCCUCCGCCCCGGGGACUGUCCUCACAUAACAUUCGAGAAUGCAAUCAUUCCUCACUCAAAUGAAGUCAAAUAUCUCGGCUUAUUGUUUGACAGAAGGCUCACCUGGGGCCCCCACCUCAAAACCAAACGCAAACAACUAAAUAGCCGCCUUCACAUCCUUAGGCCUCUCAUGAAAUCUAAUAUGCACAUCUCCAACCGUCUACUACUCUACAAAUCCCUUCUGCAACCUAUCUGGUCAUACGGAAUCGCUCUCUGGGGUACCACUAAACCAUCGAACACUAGAACCAUACAAGCAUUCCAAGCCAUCUGCCUCCGCAUGAUUGCUAAAGCCCCUUGGUACGUCACAAAUGUUGCUCUUCAUAAUGACCUCCAAAUCCCCACCAUCAAACAUACAGCUAUCAAAUAUUAUCUUCGCCUGCACUCCAAUAUGGAACAUCACUCAAACCCCCUCAUCGCUCAACUUCAUACCAACGCUCUUCCAGACAACCCAGCCAGACGCCUCAAUCGUGAAUGGCCCAGAGAUCUUCUCAACGCACAUUAA